UUUCUCAAAUUUGAGGUACCGCACCCACCAUCUUCAACAUUAUAGUGUUGUUCUUCCAUGUGAACAGUGAACAAGUUCAUUCAUUGAGUUGCAAUAUCCAUUCCCAUGAUCCAAACCCAAAUUACCUAACCCCCAUUAUACUUUGUGCCAAAUUCACUACCUCUUCUCUAACUUCUUCAAUUGGUCUUUUCCAUUAUUCACAAAGUUUUCAGAUUUGACGCUUUACAGCAUCACAGUGGAGCAAGGAAGCAAGUGCUCAUGGCUACAAUUGCAACAAUGCUAUCUUCUUCCCUCCCGGGUCAACCCUUUUGUUCUUUUUCAAAUCAUGCCCCUUCAUUCUCUUUCAAAAGCAUCACUGUCACAAGACCAAGACCUAGAACCAGAACUAGAACAAGCUUCACAUGGCUGAAUCCUCAACCUCGUGGUGUUUUGGUUGAGGAAACGCCGCCAAGUUCACCUUCUUCUCCUUCUUCACGAGAUGGAUCCAUCAAGGUGCUUGCGCUUCCUGAGAACCGUUCUGAUGACAUUCAAGCUGAGGCCAGAGCGUUGGCUCGUGCUGCCAAUGCUUCUGUCUACUCGCCUCAGCUUGUGGCCUCCAAAUAUGGUUCUCAACCCAUCAAGGUGGUGGGAAGGGCCCUUCAGGUUCUGACUGCGGUGGGCUUGUUUGGGUUGAAGCUGUUGGUUGACCAGAAAAGUGGAGUGCUUGAUCAGAAUAAAAGGAUUCGUGCAAUUGAGCUUAGGGACACUUUCACUCGGCUGGGACCAACUUUUGUCAAAUUGGGUCAGGGGUUGUCUACCAGGCCUGAUAUAUGUCCCCCUGAGUAUCUGGAGGAGCUCUCUGAACUUCAAGAUGGAUUGCCAACGUUUCCUGAUGAGCAGGCCUUUGAAUGCAUAGAGAGGGAACUAGGACUAUCUAUUGACUCUAUUUUCUCUUCUAUAUCUCCGAGGGCUGUAGCAGCAGCCAGUUUGGGUCAAGUUUAUAAAGGCCAGCUGAAGUAUUCUGGGAAACUUGUUGCUGUUAAGGUGCAACGGCCUGACAUUGAAGAAGCUAUAGGAUUGGACUUCUACCUAAUUAGAGGUCUAGGGUUUCUUAUAAAUAAAUAUGUGAACUUUAUCACCAGUGAUGUUGUUGCUCUUGUUGAUGAAUUUGCGCGUAGAGUUUUUCAAGAGCUCAACUAUGUUCAGGAGGGACAAAAUGCAAGGAGAUUCAAAAAAUUGUAUGCUGACAAGGAAAAUAUCUUUGUUCCUGAUGUUUUCUGGGACUAUACAAGUGUUAAAGUUCUAACAAUGGAGUGGGUUGAUGGAGUAAAACUAAGUGAGCAAGAAGCAAUUGAGAGACAAGGAUUAAAAGUCUUGGAUCUGGUAAACGCAGGCAUACAGUGCAGUCUCAGACAGUUACUUGAGUAUGGAUAUUUUCAUGCAGAUCCUCACCCUGGGAAUCUUUUGGCAACACCUGAGGGAAAACUUGCCUUUCUUGAUUUCGGCAUGAUGAGUGAGACUCCAGAAGAAGCAAGAUAUGCCAUAAUUGGUCAUGUUGUUCACUUGGUUAACCGAGACUAUGAGGCCAUGGCUCGUGACUACUAUGAUCUUGAUUUUUUAUCAAGGGAUGUUGAUGUAUCUCCAAUAGUGCCAGCACUUAGGAACUUUUUUGAUGAUGCACUUAAUUAUACUGUGAGUGAGCUCAACUUCAAGACACUAGUAGAUGGUCUGGGAAACGUUUUAUAUCAGUAUCCAUUUAAUGUUCCUGCAUACUACGCAUUAAUAUUACGUUCUCUCACAGUUUUAGAAGGUUUAGCAUUGUAUGCUGAUCCCAAUUUUAAGGUACUGGCUGCAUCAUACCCAUAUUUUGCAAAAAGGCUUCUAACAGAUCCAAAUCCAUAUCUAAGAGAUGCUCUUAUAGAGUUGCUUUUCAAGGAUGGGAAGUUCAGAUGGAAUAGACUUGAAAACCUGCUAACUCAGGGGAGAAAGGAUAGAGAUUUUUCUGCUAAGGAGGCUUUACAACCUGUCCUGAAGGUGUUAUUGAGUGCAGAUGGUGAAGAUUUGAGGAAUCUUGUUAUAAAAGAGGCUGCUCGAGUAUCAGAAGCUUUUACCCUCGGCACAAUGUCUGAAACGUACCGAUAUAUUCCUCACUUUGUUAGGACCCUUGUCUUCAAUGGCAAUGCAAACGGACCAUUUAUGAUGUCGGAAACUGAAUUGCAAAACAUGAUAGAGCUUAGAGAUCAAGUUCUUAGAAUAUGGGGACUUCUUCAAUCCUCUCAUGAUUUUGAUCCAGCUAUUUUUCUGCCCAUACUACAGGUCCUUGAGCAACAACCUGAGGCACGCAGACUUGGGGGGCGUGUUGUUAGUGGAAUCACUCAACGUCUUGCAGCACGCUUUCUUCAGCAAAUACUCAGAGUUCCAUCAACAGCUUCAGAAUAGAUUUUGCAGCACUGUAAAUGCUAGAUAAGGUUAUUGUGGACAUGGAAGAUAGGAGUUGCAUUCCUUACACAAGAAAAUAGGAGUGAGAUAUUGAUUCUUGCCAAAAAUUUUUGGUUCUCCAAUUUUGU